AUGUAUUUACAAGGCUCACGCCUGGAGCCCUUAUACAAAAAAGGAACAAAUGAAAACCUAAUCUACCGCCAGGGUUACUUGACCGGACGGAGCUCCCUCAGAUGUGUGCCUUCAACGGCCUGGCCCUCGACCCCCAAAACAUCGACGGCCUCCUCCCCCUCGGGGACUUCACCUUCGUCUUCAUCAUCCUCCGAGUUGCUGGUCGAAUCACUGGCUGAACCAUCAUCGGAAGAAAGCAGAGUUGCCGAUCCUUCCUCCAGGGCCUUCACCCUCUCGAUCUCGGUAGAAAAAUCGAAGCCCCCUGCAUAUACAUCCUCGAGAGCCUAUCUCCGAGAUCUUAAUCGGGCAUGUUCCACGGCUCGGGACAGUUUAAGCUCGGCCUCUUCAGAUACCUUCCUGGCUCGAGCAUUUGCAGCAACCACAUCUUUUUGGUAUGAGGUUAUGAGCGCAGCGGCUUCGGACUUAGCAGCAAAUAGCUCAGCAACUUAUUCAGCAUGA